UACUGUAACACGAUCCUUCGGAAAACUCACUACUGGAAUAUGUGAAUGAAAGUUCCUUCUCGAGUGGGCAGCAAGGGAAGGGGGAUGGAGAGCAAUGAAUGAGUGAUAAAACAUCAUCUCCGCCCUUAGCUCUCUGGAAUAUCCUGUGGUUUAACCUGAGCAUAAGAACUUCAAAACCUUCCUCAUGGCAAAUAAGGACAUUGCAGCUGUGGGGACAAUACUUGUCAACCCCAAGCAGGACUUAUCGACACGUUUUCGAGCACUUUUUACCCUGCGUAAUCUUGGUGGACCAGAGGCCAUUCAGUGGAUCAGUGAGGCUUUCAUAGAUGAAUCUGCACUUCUGAAACAUGAGCUGGCAUACUGCCUCGGCCAAAUGCAGGACGAGCGGGCCAUUCCCAUCCUAGAGACAGUGCUGAAAGACACUAAUCAAGAGCCAAUGGUCAGGCAUGAAGCAGGGGAAGCUUUGGGAGCCAUUGGAAAUCUGAAAGUCUUAGAUUUACUGAAGAAGUAUGCAGAAGAUCCAGUUAUUGAGGUGGCAGAGACGUGUCAACUGGCAGUCCGGAGGCUGGAGUGGCUGAAGAAUGGUGGUGAUAAGACAACGGAGAAAACAGAUGAAAACCCCUACUGCUCUGUGGACCCUGCACCCCCAGCCCCUAGAAAAAGUGUCCCAGAACUGAGGACACAGCUUUUGGAUGAAAGCCUGCCCCUGUUUGAGCGCUACAGAGCUAUGUUUGCCCUGAGGAACCUUGGGACUGAGGAGGCUGUUCUUGCUCUGGGUGAUGGUCUUCAGUGCAGCAGUGCCUUAUUCCGUCACGAGAUCGGUUAUGUCUUGGGUCAGAUCCAACAUAUGGCCAGUAUCCCCCAGCUACAGGCUGCUCUGGAAAAGGAGGAUGAGAAUGCCAUGGUCAGGCAUGAGUGUGCCGAGGCACUGGGCUCCAUCGGGAAGGAGGCAUGCUUACAGAUAUUAGAGCGUUACAGCAAAGACCAGGAGCGGGUGGUGAAGGAGAGCUGUGAGGUGGCACUGGACAUGCUGGAGUACGAGAACAGCUCACAGUUCCAGUAUGCAGAUGGACUGCUCAGACUGCAGAGCACUCAGUGAAACCUUUGACACGCAUUUCCCAAAACAUGUUGAUGUUACGCGACCGGCUUGUGUCUGAAACUUGAGCGAAGACCGGGACUGUUAUUUACUGUUCAUUUCUGUACAACAAAGUGCUUUUUGAAAUAUUUAAUACACACUGAAGAGGUGGUUCACCAAAAAACAAAAACUCUGUUAUCAUUUACUCUGCCACAUUUUGUUUCAAAUCCACAUGACUUUCUUCUUGGAACACAAAAGGAGAUGUUAGGCACAAUGUUAGCCUUAUUUUAUCUCCUUUUAUGUCCUACGGAAGAAAGGAAUUCAUACUGGGUUGGAACAACAUUAUGGUGAGUAAAUGAUGACAGAAUUUUCAUUUCUGGAUGAACUAUACCUUUAAUCAAUAUUUUCAGAUAAAUCUGAACAUUUCCUCCCUUGAAUUUGAAAACCCAGUAUGAAUAAGAUCUGCAUAUAUUAAAAGUAGUACUUUGACCAAAAAAACAACUUGUUCUUGUUCUGUUGUAUAAGCCCUUAUGCUUUCACAUCCUGCGUCAUAAACAUUUGAGUGACACAUCACUAAUUUAGUUUAUUCUUUUCAAUGAUGUCUGUAACUACAGCUAAAUCCUUCUCCCAUGGACAGGGGUGAUUAGGGCAGCAAAGAUGGCCACAGUCAGAGCUUGGUGAGGAAGAUAACAGUACUCAACAUUAUGACUAAUUAAUCCACACAGCAGUCUCUCAUUCACUAAGACUUCUCA